AUGCCCCUCCCUUCCCUUAACAGCACUGAAAAAUUGGAAUUUCUGGGUGCCCUGUUCGAAGGCACGACAUCCUCUAUCGCGCCGUUGCUACUUCUGGAGAGCUUUUUGUUGGGUAUGCUCUGCACAUUCGUUCCCCUUGGAACAUAUUGGUUCUGGAUUAAGUCGCAUUCCGUCCCUCGGGCACCUAUAAUCUCAGUCCCUUGGAUCGUUCUUUUGAUUAUGAUCACGCAUUGGACUCUCUCAUUGAAGCAAAUAAUGUCUAUUGGUAGCGGCCGCUUGAUAGGAAUCUCGCUGUCAACCUUGGAUUUUGCGUCCGCGGGUGUUGACAUAGAGACCUAUGUCAAUGAUGGCAUGGUAUGGAAGUGGUUGCUGACUCUCGUGUCAGAGACCGUUCUUUUUGGGUGUUCGUCAUCCCUUUUCGCGUGCACGGCUUUUGUCACGCUUUGGCAGAGUAGUUCACUCCGUCGCGCUGGGUGUGCUUUGGUGAUACCCAUCAUGGCUGCCGUGAUGUAUACCGUGUCUUUGAUUCAUUGGGCCAUCACCCUUCGGUCAUACAUCAGCCUGGCCGAUCCUUCCGUGCUUGAGCUGUCGUGGUUUGCGCCUUCCGUGGAUGUCAUGUGGGAAUUGGCCAUUGUGGCACUACUCUCUAUCAACGCAGUCAUUAGUGACUCGAUCGUGCUGUGGCGUAUGUGCAUCGUGUGGGAGAAAAAUCGUCUUAUUCUCACCUUUGCUGUCAUACUGCUCGUCACGACGCUCGCGCUGAACAUCACAAAUAUCGCCGGAGAAGGAAUGUAUUCGCUCAAUACCCUCGGCGGGACUCACGGUCCGGCGCGCAACGGCAAGGAUACGGAGUUUCACGCGAUGACGUAUGCCGGGAAUAAUAUUGGACUAUCUGCGGCGUUUACAUCAUUGAUGAGUAAUGCAUGCGCGACAAUACUUGUCGGGAUUAAGGCUCUCAUGCAUAGAAAACUAUUUCCCAAGAACUUCCGCUCGGAAAACGGUCGCACACAGGUUGAACGUGUGUUGGAGCUCCUCGUCGAGUCUGGUGUGGUGUAUACCGCCAUCUGGCUCUUAUACUGUAUCAGCUUUCUGCGCCCUAUCACAAGUCAGAAUGUCGAUGGCGUCGACUCGGAUGAUAGUUCGUACCUCACUACUUCAGCCUAUCUCGACGCUGCUAUGGCUCAGAUAGCGGCCAUCUACCCCCUCAUCGUCAUCCUCCUGGUCAAACUUGGAAAGAUCCAUCACUUGCGUGGGCCUGUAGUUCUCAGUGGUCCUUUACGUGGCAACGAAAUGCCCAUGGUGGAGGCGCGACCCGUCCAUGCCGUUGAGACCGCCAUUACGGUCACCUUCGAGAUCGACGUCGAGCGCGGCCUUUCGGGGUCUGCAUUGGCACCUGUGGAGAACGAUGACCGGGCUUCCGCCGGAGAGAGCGAAGAGACGAAGUAA